AAAGGGGUAAUCUUAUCUCUAUUUUGUUGGGAGUGAAACUGUACUGUUUCGGAGAGCAGAGCUCUUUUGCCCCGCCAUGGCGCUCUCGUUCUCUCAAUCGCUCUGUCAUCGUCCUCUGCUUCAUCGGAAUCUCCCCUUUUCGCCGCAGGCUAAUCACAUACCUGCAUCCAAGCCCGCCGCCGGCUCCCUGAAAUUUCGCUCCAUUCGUUGUUCUUCGCCAUUCAACGACAAAACUCGCAUUUCCCUCACAACUUCCGACUAUACCAAAACCUAUUUCGACUCUGCAAUUGGUGACCCUCUCGUUUGUUGUGCCCGUUCGGGAGGCAAGGAUGAUGAAACCUCAAAUGUAGAGGCAUAUGCAGUAGGCAGACAUAUUCGCAUGUCUGCCGAUAAGGCUAGACGAGUGAUUGAUCAGAUUCGUGGACGUUCAUAUGAAGAAUCACUCAUGAUAUUAGAGCUCAUGCCUUAUCGAGCAUGUGAUGUCAUCCUGAAAUUGGUGUUUUCCGCAGCAGCAAAUGCUAGCCAUAAUCUGGGUUUAAACAAAGGAAGUUUAGUUAUCAGUAGAGCUGAGGUCAAUGAAGGUAAAACCUUUAAAAGGGUAAGACCCGUAGCUCGUGGACGAGCUUAUGCAAUUAGAAAGCGAACUUGCCACAUAACCAUUGCAGUGAAAGGUUUACCUAAUGAGGCUGAAGUGGAAGCAAGUCCUGCUUAAUUAUUUUCUGCGACUAAGUGUAUGUAUGUAUGCCUUUGUAUGAACUUCUUUCAACCACUACGAGGAUGCAAGUUUUAUGUAUUUUGAUAUUUAUGUUCUUCAUUUGCACAAAUGUUUAGGUUCAUGUUGAUCUUGAUUUGUAUAUUUUUUCCUACUCUUCUCAAUCAGAUUCAGUUGUUUUUCCUAUGUUUA